GGCGUGGAGUAGUUUUCUCACAAAUUGGAAAAGUGAGGGCACCAGAGAAACCUGUACUCCCAGGACAAAAGUGAGGGCACACAUGACAUUUGUAACCACGACGUCAGCUGCGAACCCUGUCCAGCCCAGCCUUUGUUCCAGCAAUGUCCAGCCACUCAAGGGCUGAGCCAGAAACGGCACAGCUGGGAGACGGGCUGGGGCUUCCCCAGAUGAGUGAGAUGGAAGGAGAGAGAAGGCCGGAGUCAAGAGUAUUUUCGAGGAAGGAUUGUGAUGAUGGUGCUUAUAGGUAAGCUGGGCUGACGCCACCCAGUUCCAGAGCUUGGGCGCAGGAGGUGGUUGAAGGCACUGGGGCACUGGCCCCACCGAACAGGACCUGGUGGUUUGCUGUCCGUCCCGAGGGCAGCCCACUCCCUGCUGGGGAGAGUGGUGCAGGCCCGAGGGGGGAUGCUCUUGUGUCCAGCACCUGCCCAGGCCUUGCAGGCACAGCUCCCCAUCCCGACAGGGCUUGCGCGUCGGCCCCCCCCAGCCUGGCCCCGGGGCAGACAGGAGGUGAGUAGCAGACAGCAGGCCCAGGGCCUGGUAGGCGCCUAGCCCCCAGGGAGCGGCACACUGCAGCCUCCCAGGCCACCUGCCACCCUCCUGGCCACUGAGCCCAGGAUGCGAGGAUGGCGAGCUCAUCUCUGCCCACCCUGGUGCCUCUGGGCCCUGAGAGCCUGCGCCCCUUCACCCGGGAGUCCCUGGCGGCCAUAGAGCGGCGGGCGCUGGAGGAAGAGGCCCGGCAGGAGAGAAACAAGCAGAUGGAGAUCGAGGAGCCAGAAAGAAAGCCACGCAGCGACCUGGAGGCUGGCAAGAACCUGCCCCUCAUCUACGGGGACCCCCCACCCGAGGUCAUCGGCAUCCCCCUGGAGGACCUGGACCCCUACUACAGUGACAAGAAGACCUUCAUCGUCCUUAACAAGGGCAAGGCCAUCUUCCGCUUCUCUGCGACGCCUGCCCUCUACAUGCUGAGCCCCUUCAGUGUCAUCAGACGCGGCGCCAUCAAAGUGCUCAUCCACUCGCUGUUCAGCAUGUUCAUCAUGAUCACCAUCCUGACCAACUGCGUGUUCAUGACCAUGAGCAACCCGCCUUCCUGGUCCAAGCACGUGGAGUACACGUUCACGGGGAUCUAUACCUUUGAGUCCCUCAUCAAGAUGCUGGCCCGGGGCUUCUGCAUUGACGACUUCACAUUCCUCCGGGACCCCUGGAACUGGCUGGACUUCAGCGUCAUCACCAUGGCGUACCUGACGGAGUUUGUGGACUUGGGCAACAUCUCAGCCCUGAGAACCUUCCGGGUGCUGCGGGCCCUGAAAACCAUCACAGUCAUCCCAGGGCUGAAGACGAUUGUGGGGGCCCUGAUCCAGUCGGUGAAAAAGCUGUCCGAUGUGAUGAUCCUCACCGUCUUCUGCCUGAGCGUCUUUGCUCUGGUGGGGCUGCAGCUCUUCAUGGGAAACCUACGGCAGAAGUGCGUGCGCUGGCCCCCGCCCUUCAAUGACACGAACACCACGUGGUACGGCAAUGACACGUGGUACGGCAAUGACGCUUGGUACGGCAACGACACGUGGUAUGGCAACGACACGUGGAACAGCUAUGAGAGCUCGGCCAGCAACUCGACCUUUGACUGGGAUGCCUACAUCAGUGACGAAAGGAACUACUAUUUCUUGGAGGGUGCCAAUGACGCCCUGCUCUGUGGGAACAGCAGCGAUGCUGGGCACUGCCCCGAGGGUUAUGAGUGUAUCAAGGCUGGGCGGAACCCCAACUACGGCUACACCAGCUACGACACGUUCAGCUGGGCCUUCCUGGCUCUCUUCCGCCUCAUGACCCAGGACUACUGGGAGAAUCUCUUCCAGCUGACCCUUCGAGCAGCUGGCAAGACCUACAUGAUCUUCUUUGUGGUCAUCAUUUUCUUGGGCUCCUUCUACCUCAUUAACCUGAUCCUGGCAGUGGUAGCCAUGGCGUACGCAGAGCAGAAUGAGGCCACCCUGGCCGAGGAUCAGGAGAAAGAGGAAGAGUUUCAGCAGAUGUUGGAGAAAUUCAAAAAGCAGCAGGAGGAGCUGGAGAAGGCCAAGGCCGCCCAGGUUCUGGAAGGCGGGGAGGCCGAUGGGGACCCAGCCCACAGCAAAGACUGCAACGGCAGCCUAGACACCUCGCUCGGGGAGAAGGGCCCCCCACGGCAGAGCUGCAGUGCAGACAGUGGUAUCUCAGACGCUAUGGAAGAGCUGGAAGAGGCCCACCAGAAGUGCCCCCCGUGGUGGUACAAGUGUGCCCACAAAGUCCUCAUAUGGAACUGCUGCACCCCAUGGGUGAAGUUCAAGAACAUCAUCCACCUGAUUGUCAUGGACCCCUUCGUGGACCUGGGCAUCACCAUCUGCAUUGUGCUCAACACCCUCUUCAUGGCCAUGGAGCAUUACCCCAUGACAGAGCACUUCGACAACGUGCUUACCGUGGGCAACCUGGUCUUCACUGGCAUCUUCACAGCAGAGAUGGUGCUGAAGCUCAUCGCCAUGGACCCCUAUGAGUACUUCCAGCAGGGCUGGAACAUCUUCGACAGUAUCAUCGUCACCCUCAGCCUGGUGGAACUGGGCCUGGCCAAUGUGCAAGGGCUGUCCGUGCUCCGCUCCUUCCGACUGCUGCGGGUCUUCAAGCUGGCCAAGUCGUGGCCGACGCUGAACAUGCUCAUCAAGAUCAUCGGCAACUCGGUGGGCGCGCUGGGCAACCUGACGCUGGUGCUGGCCAUCAUCGUGUUCAUCUUCGCCGUGGUGGGCAUGCAGCUGUUCGGCAAGAGCUACAAGGAGUGCGUAUGCAAGAUCGCCUCCGACUGCAGCCUGCCCCGCUGGCACAUGCACGACUUCUUCCACUCCUUCCUCAUCGUCUUCCGCAUCCUGUGCGGGGAAUGGAUCGAGACCAUGUGGGACUGCAUGGAGGUGGCCGGCCAGGCCAUGUGCCUCACGGUCUUCCUCAUGGUCAUGGUCAUUGGCAACCUAGUGGUCCUGAACCUCUUCUUGGCCCUGCUGCUGAGCUCCUUCAGCGCUGACAGCCUGGCUGCCUCCGACGAGGAUGGCGAAAUGAACAACCUGCAGAUCGCCAUUGCGCGCAUCAAGUGGGGCAUCGGCUUUGCCAAAGCCUUUCUCCUGGGACUGCUGCAUGGCAAGAUCCUGCGCCCCAAGGACAUCAUGCUCAGCCUCGGGAAGCCUGGGGAGGCUGGGGAGGCUGGGGAGGCCGGGGAGAGUGCCCCAGAGGACGAGAAGAAGGAGCCACCACCCGAUGAGGGUGACAAGGACCUGAAGAAGGACAAUCACAUUUUGAACCACAUGGCCCUGGUUGACGGUUCUCCCCCCAGCAUCGAGCUGGACCACCUCAACUUCAUCAACAAUCCCUACCUGACCAUUCACGUACCCAUCGCCUCCGAGGAGUCCGACCUGGAGAUGCCCACGGAGGAGGAGACUGACACAUUCUCAGAGCCUGAGGAUAGCAAGAAGCCAGCGCAGCCCCUAGAUGGGAACUCCUCCGUCUGCAGCACCGCCGACUAUAAGCCCCCUGAGGAGGACCCCGAGGAGCAGGCUGAAGAGAACCCCGAUGGGGAACAGCCCGAGGAAUGCUUCACGGAGGCCUGCGUGCAACGCUGCCCUGUCCUCUACAUGGACAUUUCCCAGGGCCGUGGGAAGAUGUGGUGGGCGCUCCGCAGGGCCUGCUUCAAGAUUGUCGAGCACAACUGGUUUGAGACCUUCAUCGUCUUCAUGAUCCUGCUCAGCAGCGGAGCCUUGGCCUUUGAGGACAUCUACAUUGAGCAGCGGCGAGUCAUCCGCACCAUCCUGGAGUACGCGGACAAGGUGUUCACCUACAUCUUCAUCCUGGAGAUGCUGCUCAAGUGGGUGGCCUACGGCUUCAAGGUGUACUUCACCAAUGCCUGGUGCUGGCUGGACUUCCUCAUUGUCGAUGUCUCCAUCAUCAGUCUGGUGGCCAACUGGCUGGGCUACUCGGAGCUGGGACCCAUCAAAUCCCUGCGGACCCUGCGGGCUCUGCGUCCCCUGAGGGCCCUGUCCCGAUUUGAGGGCAUGAGGGUGGUGGUGAACGCCCUCUUGGGAGCCAUCCCCUCCAUCAUGAACGUGCUGCUUGUCUGCCUCAUCUUCUGGCUCAUCUUCAGCAUCAUGGGCGUCAACCUGUUUGCCGGCAAGUUCUACUACUGCAUCAACACCACCACCUCUGAGAGGUUUGACAUCUCUGAGGUCAACAACAAAUCGGACUGUGAGAGCCUUAUGCACACAGGCCAGGUCCGCUGGCUCAACGUCAAGGUCAACUAUGACAAUGUGGGUCUAGGCUACCUCUCCCUCUUGCAGGUGGCCACCUUCAAGGGCUGGAUGGACAUCAUGUAUGCGGCAGUGGACUCCCGGGAGAAGGAAGAACAGCCCCAGUACGAGGUGAACAUCUACAUGUACCUCUAUUUUGUCAUCUUCAUCAUCUUUGGGUCCUUCUUCACCCUCAACCUCUUCAUCGGUGUCAUCAUUGACAACUUCAACCAGCAGAAGAAGAAGUUUGGAGGGAAAGACAUCUUUAUGACGGAGGAACAGAAGAAAUACUACAAUGCCAUGAAGAAGCUUGGCUCCAAGAAGCCUCAGAAGCCAAUUCCCCGGCCCCAGAACAAGAUCCAGGGCAUGGUGUAUGACUGCGUGACCAAGCAGGUGUUCGACAUCACGAUCAUGAUCCUGAUCUGCCUCAACAUGGUCACCAUGAUGGUGGAGACGGACGACCAGAGCCAGCUCAAGGUGGACAUCCUGUACAACAUCAACAUGGUCUUCAUCAUCAUCUUCACCGGCGAGUGCGUGCUCAAGAUGCUCGCCCUGCGCCAGUACUACUUCACUGUGGGCUGGAACAUCUUCGACUUCGUGGUUGUCAUCCUGUCCAUCGUGGGCCUUGCGCUCUCCGAUCUGAUCCAGAAAUACUUCGUGUCACCCACACUGUUCCGAGUGAUCCGCCUGGCCCGGAUCGGACGUGUCCUGCGGCUGAUCCGGGGGGCCAAGGGCAUCCGGACUCUGCUCUUUGCCCUCAUGAUGUCCUUGCCUGCCCUCUUCAACAUUGGCCUCCUCCUCUUCCUCGUAAUGUUUAUCUACUCCAUCUUCGGCAUGUCCAACUUUGCCUAUGUCAAGAAGGAGUCGGGCAUUGACGACAUGUUCAACUUUGAGACCUUUGGCAACAGCAUCAUCUGUCUCUUUGAGAUCACUACAUCAGCUGGCUGGGAUGGGCUCCUGAACCCCAUCCUCAACAGUGGGCCCCCUGACUGUGACCCAACACUCGAGAACCCGGGCACCAGCGUCAGGGGUGACUGUGGCAACCCUUCCAUUGGCAUCUGCUUCUUCUGCAGCUACAUCAUCAUCUCUUUCCUCAUCGUGGUCAACAUGUACAUUGCCAUCAUCCUGGAGAACUUCAACGUGGCCACCGAGGAGAGCAGCGAGCCCCUCAGCGAGGACGACUUCGAGAUGUUCUAUGAGACAUGGGAGAAGUUUGACCCCGAUGCCACGCAGUUCAUCGAGUACAGCCGCCUCUCAGACUUUGUGGACACCCUGCAGGAGCCGCUGAGGAUCGCCAAGCCCAACAAGAUCAAGCUCAUCACGCUGGACCUUCCCAUGGUGCCAGGGGACAAAAUCCACUGCCUGGACAUCCUCUUUGCCCUCACCAAGGAGGUCCUAGGCGACUCUGGGGAAAUGGACGCUCUCAAGGAGACCAUGGAGGAGAAGUUCAUGGCCGCCAACCCCUCCAAGGUCUCCUAUGAGCCCAUCACCACCACCCUCAAGAGGAAGCACGAGGAGGUGUGCGCCAUCAAGAUCCAGAGGGCCUACCGCCGGCACCUGCUCCAGCGCACGGUGAAGCAGGCAUCCUACAUGUACCGCCACAGCCAGGACGGCGGCGGGGACGGUGGCCCCGAGAAGGAGGGCCUGAUUGCCACCACCAUGAACAGGAUGUAUGGCCAAGAGAAUGGGAACAGCAGCGUGCCGGGCACGGGUGAGGACAGGGGCUUGACGGGGGACUCUGGACCGGCCAUCGGGCUCACAGCCAUCAGCCCCUCAGAUGCUGCCCUCCCUCCCUCCCUGCCCCUGGGGCAGACAGUGCGCCCGGGGGUCAAAGAGUCUCUCGUCUAAUAGCAGCAGCGAGGUGGCCCGCUGAGCCUGGCACAGCCCCCCCAAAACCCUCAUGGUGCCUGCUAACUGAGGGAGCAGGCUUUGAGUCUGCGGCUGAUUGGCUCCCUGGCUGGGACAGGAUUUGGCCACACUGGGGCUGACCCCCCAGGCCGUGGAAAAUGGGAAUUGCACUCGGAGACCACCCUGGGCCUGAGGCUCUCCCUGCGUCCAUGGUUUCUCAUUUCAAGUUGUUCCACCUCCUCAUGGGCCCUGCUGCCUCUCCUCUUGGGGGAGGUCAUAACAUCAGAAAUCUCUGCCCCCCACGUGGGGGAGGAGUCCGCCUACAGUGGAGGGAUGAGUUGCCCUCCUCCACCAGAGUCUUAAGGGCUAUAGGCCUCUCCCCAGGAAGUGGCUCAGGCUCCCCAGGCCUCUCCCGGAUAAAGAUGUCUUAACCUCAGUGAGAGCAGACUCCUGACCCAGAGCCUACCAGCCCUCCCCUGCCUGGGAUACAGCUACGUCCUUCCAGACCACAAGUUAACUGGAGAAGAGAAAUGUCACUGGUCCACAAGUGGUUCCCUGAGUCUGGCUGGCCACUGGAUCCUGAUGCAUCCGGCUGGGGUUGUGGCCCCUGAAACCAUGUCCCGCUUUGUCCAUUGUGCAGCCCCUGGUUCCCCCGACCGUCCCCUGGGGGAAGAGCAGGAGGGAGGGUUCCACUCAAGGAUGAUCUUCUUCUAGGAAGCAUGGAGGGUUGACAGAGGUGGGGUCCCGCCAGCCGCAUCACUGCCCUGGAGGCUUCCUUGGCCAGAGCACCCAGACCUGGGGCAGGGGCAGGGACCCUGGAGCCCGGGGGUAGGUUUCUGUUCCCUCCCUCCCGCUUUAGCACCACAGGGCUCUCUGUAGCCUCACUCAGCCUCCAGAUCCCCUCAGCCCCGGCCACACCCAUCUCUCCCUCCCUCCUCAUCCUUCUCUCCCCAUCCUCAAAGUGAUCCUAAGAGUGUUGUCCUUGAGCCCGUGUUAGAUUUUAACACUGGGAUGUGCACAGCUCCCCUGGCUCGGGCCCAACCUUCCAACUUCCUGCUGCCUGGCACACCAGACAGCAUUUUUAUUGGCACCCCUGGUCCGGGCAUGGCCGCGUCAGGCCUCUUCCGGCUCCCGGAGAACAGAUGGAGGCCGAGCUCAGAGGAAGCAUGGAGACACCUCAGGCAUCACUGGAUUUGCUCACUUGUGCAUGUACUUGGGUCUGCUUCAUGCCUGUGUGUACAGCUGUGUGUGCAUUCGAGUCCUCAAAGCACUGUGUCCUGCCUCUGCGUGUGUAUGUGUUGUCUCUAGUGUCCGCGUGCCCCUGUAGUCUGACUGGUGUACGCGUGUGUGUGUCCUGUGCAGUCCUGUCCAUGGGGUGUGCCUGUGCUGUGAGUGUGUGAAUGAGUGUGAACGUGCAUGGUAAGGUUUGCACGUUGAGUCCCCGUUGGCCUUAGUUCCUCUUCUCUCUCUUGUUUCUUGUGAACAGUUUGAUUAAAACUCAGGAAGCAGCAAAACCUCCAAAACAAUGUGGCUGUGGGUGUGGGUCUGUGUAUGUGUGUGUGUGUGUGUGUGUGUGUGUGUGUGCGCGCGCGUGCGUGUGCAUGUCCCCACAGGCUGGAGCCUCUCUUUCUGUCUGCCUUACUCUCUGGCCUCCUGGCCAGCCACUGUCCCUUCCUCCUAUUGCCUCAGCCCCGCUCCCUGUCUCUUGCCUGUGUCCUCCAUGGAAGGAGGCCCCACUCCUUCUACCUUCCCACAACCGUCUGUCUCUUCCUUUAGAAGAUACAUCCUAGAGAGGGCAGCCUCCUCCCUGACCAGUACCCUGUCCCCUGCCCUUCCCCCAAACUGGGGUGUCCCCAAGAGCCUCCACAUCUGUUGAACUGGAUAUUCACCCAAAGACCGCAUGGAGACUACAGGCUCUGGCCUGUGGCCCCCUGUCCACACCUACACCCAUCCCCACUCUGUCCGGGUGGGAACAGACCCAGGCCAGGCUCCUUUGUACAGUUCUUAUAAUAAACCUGCCGCCCCACAACCCCCCCACCCCCUGUGCCUCACCUGCAGGCUUCUUCCUUCUGCACCUCCUCGUGUGGAUGUUGACAGGGUCUGAGGGCUGCAGAAGGCCAGAAGGGCUGGUGGGGAUUGGAGCCAAAAUGGGGAAGACUUGGGGAGCCUCAGUGUGGGUAGAGGGCAAGAUAAGGAGGGCCCCAACUCCCUUUCUGGCCCAGUCCGGCUCUCUCCUGACUCUCUCCAAAAGGAGACUUGGACUUUGAAAAUUAAUAAAGGGAAACCUCACUAAAACGGAGUCGGGAGGUUCAGCAGGAGGAGCUCUCAGUUUCCAUCACUUCUCAUCAAUUGCAGACCGAUUGGGAAGAGAUGGACCUUGCAUGCACCUACCAUUUUACUGUCUGGCAGGGAAAGGAAAGACUUUCCUCCUUCCCCGGCAACAGCCCAGCCAGACACUCACAACUCAGCCAAUGAGAAGUCACCAUACUUCCAACUCCCACUUCACUCCAAUGGACUUUUCGUUUACAGCAGCCUUCCCAGUCUCCCCUUUCCUCUAUAAAGGAGCCCGUCUUCCGCCUUGUGGCGGUGCCUCCAGUUUUA